UCGCGACUCCGUUUUGCGUUCAGUUUUAUGCUAAGCUUGCCGACGUGCCAGCAUAAAAGCGGAUAGGUUCCUCGCUCAAGCGCAGAUCCACAUAUUGUAUUGUGAUUUCGGUAGUGUGUGCUCAAAGUGCCAAAGCAGAGUCUAGCAACACCAAACUACCACCAUGUCUGUACUGCGGACACUGACACUGUUGGCCAUCGGUGCAACUGUCGUGCUGGCCCAGCGGCGUCUAGCCCUGCCAGAUCCCCGAAGCUGCGCCAACCGUGUACGACAUGCGACGUACCGUGAUGCCCGCGGAGUAGCCCAUUCGUACUUCUUCAGCUGGGAACACGCACCGACCCGCAGCCUGGAGGUUGACUGGCUCGAUGCCCGUAACAUCUGCCGACGACACUGCAUGGAUGCCGUCUCGAUGGAGACGCCCCAGGAGAACGAGUUCAUCAAGCAGCGCAUCGCCCGUGGCAAUGUCCGGUACAUCUGGACGUCUGGGCGCAAGUGUAACUUUGCCGGAUGCGAUCGUCCGGAUCUGCAGCCCCCGAACGAGAACGGCUGGUUCUGGUCCGGCUCGGGCGUCAAGAUUGGACCGACCACGCAGCGCAACACUGGCGACUGGAGCUACACCGGCGGAUACGGCCAACAGCAACCGGACAACCGUGAGGCGGCUCAGGGUAACGAUGAAUCGUGCCUGUCGAUCCUGAACAACUUCUACAACGAUGGGCUGAAGUGGCACGACGUUGCCUGUCACCAUCUAAAGCCGUUCGUGUGCGAAGAUUCGGACGAGCUGCUGAACUUUGUUCGCUCCCGCAACCCGGGCAUCCGUCUGUAAGGAUGGAGUGUGUCACAGUGAAAUUUGGACUAGUGUGAGUGUGAUGAUGACACGUCGACACACACACACACACACACACACAUGAGAAGAGGCAGUGAUCCCUUGCGCACCGGAACAGAAAACAUCAUUCGUUAGUGCAGUAGCGAGACACGUUACUGCAUUUUUUGUGUGUAUGAAUCGCUCAAGAGAAAGGGAAAGAGAGAUGAAGCUUCAGCAUUACUAUUCCACCGUCGAUCGGGAAUGAUCAGUUGAUUGGUUUCGUUUCGAUCUGUAACGUACAAGCCAGCAAACGCCACCUUCCCUGAGUAACUAAGUAAUGCGACUAAAAUGAUACUAAAGCAGCACAACGCACCACCGCAGCAGUUUCAGAGCCGGUCAAGGCAGUUUGUUGGAUCGGGCCAGGCGUUGUAUGGGCUUCGUGCGUGUUUUUAUGUAGAUCUGUUUUGUAUUGUAACUCUGUUUAAUUUCUAUUUAUUGUACUAUAAGAAAGUCUUCAACCAGUUUUUGGACCAUCAUCAGUAUCGCCAAGACACGCCUCGAGAUAAAGAAAAGAAGAAAAGGACGGAAAGAGAGGACAAAAAUUGAAUCAGACAAGGUCAGAUGGUUAAGAUCGGCAUACAUUGAAUAUUUUGAAAUCAU